AUGGACUCCGACGACCUCGAGCUGGACGCCUCCUGCGCUUGCCGGCGUCGUCGGCACACAAAAUCCUACGCGGCGCUGACCACCAUUUUUGACUUGGCCUUCCUCACCGCAGCCUUCUUAAAAUGCAUCCAUUUCUUCAAGCUGCAACGGUACAACUCGUUCUCGACAGCGGCCGUGACGGCGGGCGGGUGCCUAUAUUCCGUCCAUAUAAUUUGCAUACUAUUGGCGUGGGCGGGACUGGCCGCUGGGAAAAGCCUAUUCCUCGUCCCGAAAAUCGUGUUGAAAACGAUCACGGUGUUGAUGUGCUUGGCGGCGACGGCGCUGCUCGCGUUUUUCAUCCAAAACGACUUCUCGGUGGUCGGGCGGUUGAUUGCGGAGAAUACUCCGCUCGACUACUAUGAACAGCGGACCACCAUGGAAAUGGCGGCUAUGAUUAUAGUCGGCAUCGGCACCGUCGCCACAAUCAUCCAAUUCUGGCUGCUCGUCCUAUUAGUGCAAUGCUAUCGCGGCAUGACCCGUCGCGAGAUCCGCGAAGCGGUCCUUCGCCAAAAACGCCGACGCGCCUACUCCGGAAAAGGCCAAUUAGCGCCCGAGACGCCCAAGCGCCAUCUACCCCGCCUUGAAUCAUCCGGCCAGCUGGCCGCCCCAUACGAGACGAUACGGCCUGACGAAUCAAAUCUGGCGCAUCAGGCGGAAUUUGUGAACCCGGGCGUCGCCCUAAAUCACUCGACGGGAUGCCUGGCGAAGGAGGAGGUGACGCUCGACCAGAUCGGCGCCAUCGUCGUCACCCAUGCCCACCCGGGCGUCAUGGGCAACCUGAACUUCUUCGGCCAGAAGCCCAUCCUCUUCCACUCGCUCGAGUUCAUCGGCCGUCACGUCACGCCCACCGAGUUGAAGGAUCGACCAUACCGAAAGGUCUCGCAAAAUGUCGAGGUCUGGAAGACGCCCGGCCACACCCAGCACGAUCUGACCGUCCUCGUUCACAACGUGGCCGGCUACGGAACGAUGGCCGUCACCGGCGACCUCAUCCCCAACGAGCAGCUCAUCGCUGAAAAGCGCGACAUCAUGUCCGAAGAGGGCGUGUGGGACUCGGCAAUCAAACGCCAGAACGCCAACCUGAUCAUCUGCAUGGCCGACUGGAUCGUGCCGGGCCACGGCACGCCAUUCCGCGUCCUUCCACACUACAGACAAAAGGCCGGCUGCACCCGGCUACUCCAGCAGCGCUACAGCCUUAACCAGUUUGCG